GUACGGCCUCUGUUGACAAGGCGGUUUACCGGAUUAUACGUUUUCUCCUUCCUAUAACUGGGCGACACCUCCUGCGGUCCGGCCCAUAGUUCGUUCUCUCUCGCUCUCCACUCUCCUCGCGUCGCCUCCCUCUCGUCCCGUGCGCUCGACCAGCAAAAGCGCCCAUAUAAAAGACCAACAAAGUGAACGCUUGAUCUGUUCGGUGCCGGUCAAACCUCAACAACCAAGUUUCAUGUCUGAUCUCGACGUUACGCUUCCAUCUGCCUUCGAUCCGUUUGCUGAGGCAAAUGCUGAGGAUGCUGGUGCAGGUCCUGGAGCAAAGGAUUACGUGCAUGUGCGCAUUCAGCAGCGAAACGGCAGGAAGAGUCUGACAACUGUUCAGGGCUUGAAGAAAGAGUUCAGUUACAACAAGAUCCUCAAGGAUCUCAAGAAGGAAUUCUGCUGCAAUGGCACAGUAGUCCAGGAUCCAGAGCUAGGCCAGGUCAUUCAGCUUCAAGGUGAUCAGCGUAAGAAUGUUGCUACUUUCCUAGUUCAGGCUGGGAUUGCGAAGAAGGAGCUGAUCAAGAUCCACGGCUUCUAAGCAGCCUAUAAAUGCUUGUAUGCAUUAUAUUGUGUGCUACCUGUGAUAUUGCUGGAAGCCUUGGAAACUUGAACCUGUGAUAUUGCUGGCUAUUACUUUCAUCUGUAGUGAAGACAUAAGGAUAUUGUCGCUGUUAAGUGCUUCUUGCUUGAUGCAAGUUGUGUUGUCAGACGUCACCUCAUUAUACUGUACCCGCAUAUCAGUAUGGUGUGUUUGAAAUGUUGCCGACUAAAUUAUAUCAUCUGCCAUUUGACUAUAGCUCUUGAGUUUGGCCCA